AUGGGAAAAAGGAAGCGGUCAGAUAGAGGUGACAGUCAUGAAGUAGAACGGUUGUUAAAAAAAGUUAAAAAGUUAGUGAGAACAAGAAGAAGAAUUUUGUCAUCAUCGGAUUCGGAAAAUAUCACUAUAGAAAAUAGUUCGUCAACUCCUGUGCAAAUAAAUUCAAAUAUCGAAAACGAAGCCAGUGAUCCAAUAAUUCAAGACGAGAUCCUAAUUGAAAAUGAUCAAAUGAUAGAGGAAAAUGAUGAAUUAGACCCAGACAUAUUACAGUUACUAGGGUCAGAUCCAACACAAGAUAAAACCUUUGGUGAAAAUUUACAUAAAGAUCUAGCUAUGAGAUGGAAACAUAUUUUAACCAACGGGAUACCUAAAGAAGAAAAAGCGAAUCUUUUAAAAGAAUAUUUACCCGCAGAAAAUUGUAUCCCCAUGAAAGCACCGGUACUAAACCCGGAGUUGAAGUCGGCAUUGUCCGAUACCAGCUUAAAAAAGGACUCGUACAGUGAGCAAAAACAAAAUCAAAUGUCUAGCUGCAUCUCGGCUAUUGGCAAAGCAUUAAACUUAGCUUUGACACAAGUGGAAAAUACCCCACAAGAAAUUAUUAAAACUCUGAGCGAUGCAGGGCGCUUACUGUUUGACACUCACUACAGAGAAUCCCUUUCGAGAAGGUUUACUAUUGUUAAUUCCAUAAGUAAACAAAAACGUGAAAUAAUAAAAAAUACAAAAAUAGAUGAAUAUUUAUUUGGGUCAAAUUUAUCUGAACACUUAAAAACAUCUAAGGUCAUAUCAACGUCAGCAUCGGAAUUAAGAUUCACCACACAAAUUAGCAACAGAUCUAGUCAAUAUCGCUCGCAGCCAAGAACAACUCGCCAGGGGGCUUUAAACGCACGGGGGGCACCGCGGACAACGUAUGCCGAGCCGCGAGUGUACCCCGGCCAGUCUCGGCACUCGGUACCGCUCCAGCCGGCGCCGCCGCUACAGCCCCCUCCGCCGCCAGCUCGGGGGCCACGCGACCGGCGCACUGCUCUGCCGCCGCCGACGCAGCGUUCGAGAUCUUACCCACAACAGACUCGACGACGUUGAAUACUUUAUCACAGGGAGCUGCAUCCUCUAUGUGCGGACCUGAUCCUAAUGGCAGGGAUAUUAUCAGGCAGUCGCUGGUGAGACGCGGAAUCCCGAACGCAUCUCUCGACAUAAUGAUGGGCUCUUUCUCUAAUAACACGCUCGUUCAAUAUAACACAGCACUAAAAUCAUGGUGGCUAUAUUGUAAGGAUAAAAAUUUUGAUUAUUCUCAUGCUGAUAUAAUACAAUUGAUUGAAUUCUUAACGCAAAAAUAUUACGACGGUGCCAGUUAUAGCACACUUAAUAGUUAUCGUUCAGCAUUGUCCAUACUGUUAGGUCAAGAUAUCACUUGCAACCAUCUAAUCAAGCGGCUUUUAAAAGGUGUAUACCGUAUGAAACCUCCUGCACCAAAAUAUGAUACUACUUGGGAUCCUAAUUUAGUACUAAAUUACUUAGCUGUUCAUUUCCCUAAUGAAUUAAUUUCAUUAAAAGAUUUAACACAAAAAACUAUAACG